AUGUGUGAAGGAGUGGAUUCGAAGCAUACGCCCAAGUUGGGUAUCUCUGGAAAAGAAAUACUUUACGAUGAAGACGGGAAACCAUGCCGCUCUUGCAAUUCACUUCUCGAUUUUAAGUUUGCGACUGGAAGAAUGGCACCUUUACCUAUAUCUCAAGAUCCUCAGGUAGUGCCAGUUGCCGAAAAGAUCCCUGGUUCUAAAACCUACGAAAAAGUGGACCCACCAGAUGUGGAGGUACUUGGCCGUUCCAGCUGGACACUCUUACAUACCAUUGCUGCAAGAUAUCCUAAGAAGCCUUCUGAGACCCAGAAGGAUGAGAUGCAGAAGUUUAUGACCAUUUUUUCGCAUGUUUAUCCAUGUUGGUGGUGCGCUAAAGAUUUCGAGAAGUUUAUUACUCAAAAUUCACCAAAAGUUAACUCACGAGAUGAGCUCGGGAGAUGGUUAUGUGAUGCCCAUAAUGAAGUUAACAAAAAACUUGGAAAGGAACGGUUUGACUGCAACUUCUGGGAAAAGAGGUGGAAGGAAGGGUGGGACUCUUAG